CGGGAACUUUAAUAAUGGACGCCAACACGAAAACAAAUCUCAUUUGAAAGAUCCAGAUCAACUCAUAGCCACAAUUUUUGGUCCAAAGACGCUAAAAUUUAUCAGGACAUUUCAUUAAUAGUAUAUUCUUGGCAUAGAACAGAAGAAAAAUGCCUGAGCCGGAGACUAAAGAUUCAUCAGACAAAGAGAAAGAGAAUGCCAAGCAGGAUGAGAAAGAUAAGGACACAGCUGCAGGCAAAAAGUCUCCAAAAGGCAGUGCUAAGAGUAAACCAGACAGUGCUAAAGGUAAACCUGACAGUGCCAAGGGGAAACCUGGUAGCGCUAAAGGGAAACCUGAUAGUGCAAAGGGCAAGUCUACUCCAGCUAAAAGUCCUACUCCUGGCAAAGCACCUGCAAAGGCUGGAGGAAAAGGAGGUGACAAAAAGAAAAAAGAAGAACCAAAGAUUGAAACACCAACAGAUGCUGAGGCUACCGAGGAGGAAGGUCUUCCUGAGGGAGUUGUACCAUUGUUUUUGUCAUCAAAAACACAGGAGAUCUUCCAUUGCAGAAUGGACGAAGAUGUCACAAUAGAAAAUCCCAUCAAAAUUAUUACGAAAGAUGAAAUAAUGGAAGAUUUGAGGAUGAGGGCUGGUGUCUGUGAUUUUGCUCCACUCAAACAGGAUAUUAUUAAUUACCCAACAGAUGAAAUUCUGGUGGUAUAUGAUUCAGAGUUUAAAUAUGGUCAGAAUUUCUAUGUUGCCUUAACAGAAGAAGCUAAAGAGAAGAUAUUGAGUGCUGGUGUAGAGGAUGCUGAGGCUGAAGGAGGAGAAGCAGAGGAAGAGAUUAUAUACACCUAUACACCUCCAGAAUCUAAAGAAUGGGUCUCACUUGGUAGUGAGAAGGAGAUUAAAGAGGAAAAUGUUGUGGAAAAUAGACGAAGGAUUAAGGUCUCUGUUAGAAGAAUCAGAAAAGAGUUUGGAGGACCUGCUAAUUUCUCUGACAGAAAUGUUGCAGACACCAAAGAUGGUUAUAUAGAAUGUAAAGGAUAUGAUGAUAGAACGUUUGAUCUUAAGAAAUUAGAACUUGACAAGAGCACACAGGCCAUUCCAACAUUGCAAGAAGAAGGCACACAGACUGAUUGGAAAUAUCCAAGGAAUGCUAAUACACAAUAUUAUCCCAGAGAGUUUUCAAAUCAAGAAAAAGAAGCCAUCCUUAGUUCCAAAAAUUUACCAAACUUUAUAAGUGAUGUGACCCCACGAUUUAAAGCUGCAUUACAACAGAAUGAGAUUAUGGAUGUAUUCUUUAUUGAUUGGUUACAUCUAGGUGAUGGUGACCAAAGCUUUGGUAGUAAAGCAGACAAUCAUCUCAAAGAGUACCAGUCAUUUACAGAUCUACAGUUUAGUAAAGAGAAGAGAAUUACAUGCAUACAGUGGCAUCCUACAAUAAAAGGUGUGGUUGCUGUGUCCGUGGCAGAAAAAAUGACAUUUGAUGACCGAAUUGAUUCAGCUGCAAAGGUGAUCAUGACACCAUCUUUGAUACUUAUAUGGAGUUUUACUGAUCCUAUACAUCCACAGUUACUUUUAGAAGCACCUGAUGAUAUUUACAGUUUCCAGUUUAAUCCAUCAGAUCCUAACAUUAUAGCUGGUGGAUGUUACAAUGGACAAGUUGUAUUAUGGGAUAUAUCUGCACAUGCUGAUAGACUUAAACAACAAAGAGGAGGAAAUCGUAAUAAAAAAACAAAUGUUUUGCCUGGUUUUGAAGAUCCCAAUGCAUUAAAAACACCAAUAGUCAGAUACUGUGCUGUUUCUAGUAUAGAAAAUAGCCACAAAGCUACGAUAACAGAUUUAUUAUGGGUACCAGAUCAUAUGGAGGUUAACAGAAUGGGUGUUCCACAAGAAAACAAAUCAUUACAGAAUUGUCAAUUAAUGACAUGUGCAACAGAUUAUUGUGUUCUGUUUUGGGAUACUCGACCACCAAAAGGUCCAAGUCAGCUUUUAACAAAGAAAACAGACGACAAAGGCCCAAAGAAUCCAAUGGGAGUGCCUAAUACAUUUAAACACUUAGAUUUGUCAUGGAAACCAUUUUUAAGGGUUCAUCUACACAAGUCUGAACCAGGAGGUGAUCAUAGUCCUACUAAGUUUUCUAUAUCAGAAAAACAAGGAGACAGAGGAUCACUAAAUAAAGCAACAGAUGGAUUAGAUACAUCUAAGUCAGAUGCAAUGGGUGGAGGAUAUUAUUCAUCCAUGAAACCUGGGUCUGGCAAGGAAAAGAGGACACUGCAGAGUGUCAAGACUCAUUUCUAUGUUGGGUCGGAGGAUGGUGAAGUUGUAUUUGUUGACUGGAUGCCACAAAAAGAUCAAGAUACAGGAAAAAUACAAACACCUAAGCCAGACUAUUACCAUGCUGUACAUGAUGGACCUGUAAUGUCAUUACAAAGAUCUCCAUUCUUUAAUGAUGUAGUAUUAUGUGUUGGAGGAUGGACAUUUACAAUCUGGAAGGAAGGAAUUAAUAGUGGACCAAUCUUACAAUCUUGUUCUAGUCCUGUGAGAUAUACAGCAGGCUUCUGGUCCCCAUCAAGGCCAGCAGUGUUCUUUAUUGCCAAAGUGGAUGGAAGUGUGGAUGUUUGGGAUAUCCUAGAUAAAACCCACGAGCCUUCAUUGACACAGAGUGUUUCUCCUGUUCAGAUCACCACCAUUUUUCCAUUCCCUGUAUCACAGAAGCAGCAUCUUUUAGCAGUAGGGGAUAAUGCUGGAACCCUACAUAUAUUGGAGAUACCAUGGAGUCUUAGACAACCUACACCAAAUGAGCUUGCAACUGUAUCAAAUUAUGUAGAGCGUGAAGUGAAAAGAAGAUCAUUUGUGGUACAGAGAUGGGAUUUCAGAGAACAUGAGAAGAGAGAAAUUGAAAAUGAACUAAAGAAGAAAGCAGGAAUUGCACCAAAUGUGGUACUAACUGAUGAAGAAGUAGAAUACAGAAUGAAGCAAGAAUACCACCAAUUUAAAGAGGAAGAGCAAUCAUUCCUUAGAGAAUUAGGAUUAUUAAAGGAGGAAGAUGAACCUUUACCAGAAACAUAGGAUAUCAUAUCAGUUAUAAUUUACAACAGUGAAAAUAUUUUGUGUUUCUUUAUUUUUCCUGGAUUUGAAAUGGAGUACCUUUGUAUUUAACUAGUAUUAUGCUUAGGUUUCUCACAAGCUUUUAAAAAAACUUGACUGUAUUCCGUCCAUUUUAAAAUACCUAAUUCUGCUUAUUUGUUUACAAACAUUAUAUUGUUGCAUUUUUAUUUUUGAAAUAUUGUGAUUAUUUCAGUGUUUAUUAAGACUGUGAUCUGUUAUAUUUAACUAAAUGUAUACACUAUUUUUAUAUUUAUUGACAGAAAAUAGAUUGAAUAAUAAUUUUUGUAUUUACUUGUGCAUAAAUAUGAAAAAAGUUGAAAUAAAAUCUGUUGAAUAUUUA